UUCCCACAUUUCCAGUACAGAAUAGGACAGCUGUACAUGAUAGCCAAGCACAGCAAUGAGCAAUCGCAGAAAGGAGAAGGCGUCGAGGUGAUCAAAAACGAAGACUGCCACGAUCCCGUGCACGGCAAAGGGAGGUACACCGAGAAACGCAUCUACCUCUCAAGUCGACUGCCUGUGUGGAUACAGAAAUCUUUAUCAAAAAUAUGCAACUACUUUUACGUCACCGAGAAAGCUUGGAACUACUUCCCUCACACCAUCACAGAAUACACAUGUUCGUUUUUACCGAAGUUUAGCAUCUUUAUAGAAACAAGAUACGAAAAUAAUUCUGGAACUACAGAAAAUUGCCUACGUCUUUCCAGCGAAGAAUUAAAGGAGCGCCAAGUCUUACAUUUAGACAUCGCCUACGAUGAUAUACCAGAGAAACACUACAGGGAGGAGGAGGACCUGACAAAAUUCCAAUCCAGGAAAACAGGAAGGGGACCUCUACAGCCAGGAUGGAAGAAACAAUGCGAGACCAUCAUGUGUUCGUAUAAAGUGGUACGAGUCAAGUUUGAAGUCUGGGGCUUUCAAUCCAGGGUUGAAAAUGUUGUGCAUAGGGCAAUUCAAGAUAUCCUUUUGCUUGGGCACAAACAAGCCUUUGCAUGGAUUGACGAAUGGUUUGACAUGAGCGAAGACGACGUCAGGAACUACGAGAAGAGACAGCAGGAGGCCACCAACACCAAGGUGCACUCCGGCCUGAAACGGGAGUCCAGCCGAGAGUCGGCCGAGGACGAAGAGUUCACGUUGGCCUCGGAGGAACCGCUGGAGGGGGAGGUGUUGGCCUCCAGUCCAAAGUAGAGGACUACCAUUCCUUUCCCUUACCAAUGGACUUUCCGUGUUGUGGUCAAGUCAAUCAAAUGUCAAGUCAUAUGUAGUUGGGGUACUCGUGAUGGAAGUCUAGUCAGUUCAGAUCUCUAGUCAAACACAGGAUGUAUAAUAACAAAGGAACAUCUCAGGCAUGUCACGUUUCUUCCAAUCAUCUGUUUUCCUCGUUUACGACAUUGCAAAUUGAAAAACCCUGUAGAAAGUCUUGUAAAGUUUUGAACUUCCUUUUUUUUUUCCUUUUUUUUUUUUUUUUUGUUACUUCCCAGUUUCAUGCCUGACGCCUUUGUCACUGUUAAUUUGAAUUACUUGUGAGUUGACUAGAGACCCUUUGAUGACUUUGUGAUAGACUUGUGAUUGACUUGCCAUUCAUCACAAAUACGUUGACUGCAAUAACGUCGUCAAAUGACUAUCCAUCACAAGUUUAAUUGCAAGUAAAGGAGGAGAUAAGUAACAGGAGACGAAGGAUGACGAAGAGUGGGACUUAAAGCUACGUCUUCCUGCUUACUUAUGACUGGAGAGUCAUUGACUUGUGAUUAACAUAUGAUUGACUUGCGACUGAUCUGUGACAGUUUGACAAUAACGUUGCAGAGGUAUGCACAUCUUUAAUGACGCCCCAAUAACCUAGCGGUACGACAUACAUUUUCAAGUUGAAGUUGACCAAAAGUAUAUGCUGCUGUACCCAACUUGAUACCCAACUUGAUACCAACCCUGGUUGCCAAUUUCAACCGGGAACCAAUUUUUUUUAUCUCAUCUUUUUUCUAAAAAGGCCAAAAAAACAAAAGUUUAAAAACUCCCAUAAACUGCUCUUCAUGGGGAUUAAAAAUGUAAUAGACUAUUAAAUCCACCCAAAAAAGCAUUAUUUUCGUUGAAGUCAUAUUGAAGGGGUGUGCAUUUGGGAUUCUAGCUAAAGUAGCCCUAGAGUGGUUUCUUGAGGGUACUGCAACUUGUGAGGUCUAAAUAAUGACCAAACAUGAACACCUAUUAUUUUUGAGUGGAUGUAGACAAGCGAUGGAGCUAGCAUUCUGUACUUAACACUGUGUGACCUGUUCAAGUUACACAUCUUGCUUUAGGCCAAA